UGUGUUGACUGUAUGUCCGAUGUACCCCAGACGACCAGUAGGUUCUCGAUGCCCCUGACCCAGCUAGGCAGCAAGAAGUACUACCUCGGCAUUUUUUUCAAGGCAAACUGGUACAAGGCAGAACAGUACUGUAGAUUCCACGGGAUGCAUCUUGCCUCAAUAAACCAUGCUAACGAACAGAAAGAUCUAGAAGAACAUAUUGAAAGCUUUGGGAUGGGACAUGAACAUUUCUGGACUAGUGGAACCGAUCAGGCUGAGGAGGGGAAAUUUUUCUGGAUGUCCACCGGUAAACCCGUGACCUACGAGAACUGGAACGCAGGAGAACCAAACAAUUUUAGAUAUGAGAAUGGGGAAGAGGAGCACUGUAUGGAACUGUGGAAUAGAGACGGAAAGGGCCUUCGAUGGAAUGACACCCCAUGCUCUUUCGAGACAUUUUUCGUUUGUGAAGUUUAAAAAUUAUCAUUUGUAUAUUAAGAGACUGAAAUUGUUCAAAAUGGAGAUUAAAAUAUGUUUUGUAUUUUAAUCUUCAAAUAACUUUUCCACUCUAUUACGCCAGUAAGGAUGUAUGCGAGUCUUAUUUUUAUCCGUUUAUGUUCCAAGAAAAAAAAAA